GUCCAUGAUAGAAAGAAGCUUUUUUAGCAUUCUCCUCUCAGACACCUCCUCCAGGUUCUCAAGUCUGACACCCAGGACAGAACCAGCCUUUCUAAUCAGUUUGUUCAGCCUGUUGGCAUCAGCUGUCUUCACCCCACUUCCCCAGCACGCAGCUGCAAAGAACACGACGCUCUCCAACACCGAGUGAUAGAACAUGGUCAGCAUUUUCCUACCAACAUUGAAGGACCUGAGUCGCCUCAGUAGGAAAAGCCGACUCUGCCCUUUUUUAAAGAUAGCAUUGGUGUUCUUGGUCCAGUCCAGUUUACAGUCCAAGUAUACCCCCAGGUACCGGUAAUCCUCAACGAUCUCCACAUCAGCCCCUCUGAUGGUGACAGGGUUAGGAGGAGGAGCCUGCUUUCUAAAGUCCAUAAUCAGUUCUUUUGUCUUUGUGAUGUUAAGUUGUAGGUGGUUUAGCUCACACCACUCGACAAAGCUGUCCACCACACUCCUGUACUCCUCCUCCUGUCCAUCCCUGAUACAGCCCACAAUGGCAGAGUCAUCCGAGAAUUUCUGCAGAUGACAUGACUGAGACUUGUACCUGAAGUCAGAUGUGUAGAGGGUGAAGAGGAAGGGUGAUAGGACAGUCCCCUGCGGCGCCCCUGUGCUGCUCAGGAUGUUAUCUGAGCGGCAGCUCUUCAGUCGGACAUGCUGUGGUCGACUUGUUAAAUAGUCCGUAAUCCAACCUACCAGUGGGGCGUCCACCUGCAUUUCCGUGAGCUUAUUCCCCAGCAGUGAUGGUCUGAUUGUGUUAAAAGCACUAGAGAAGUCAAAGAACAUGACCCUCACAGUGCUCCCAACAAUGUCCAGAGUGACCCGGCGACCCUGUGAGGAUGGCCCGCUGCUGGAAGAGCAGGAGACCGAGGGCCAGCGGCAGCUGCAUGGCCUCUUACUGCAGCAGCUCCACACUGACGUCGACAUUGAACGAUGUGUAGCCAAGAGGCAGUGCUUCGCCCCAGCGGCGCUUUAUCGGCCAUUUGGGGAGCAGGCAGCGGGAGUGAAGAGCCUCUCCCAGUUCCAGGCCCUGCAGGAUGGGGAGAAGGAACUGGCCAGCCUGCGGGAGCUGGGCCUGAAUGACACCGAGAUCCAGCUGUGGCAGAGCAGAGAUGCACCAGAGACAGCAGAGAAGUCCCACGGUGUGUGUGCAGCUCCAGGUGCAAAGGAAGAGCGCCUGCAGGCAAUUAAAGACAAAAUCGCCGCCCGGAUGGAGCUUCUGUCCCGCCCACAACGCUUUGCGUCCAGCCGGCCGCUUUCACGGCGGGAGAUGGAGAUCGAACAAGCCCUGUUUCAUGGGAAUGACCGCCUGGGUUUCCUCACAGCGCUCUAUCAUCGAGAUGAAGUUAAGAAGGAGAACCAACAGGGGGCGUCAUCCUCUGACCCACUGGACUCUAUCUAUAGAGAAGUUCUCAGGGAGCAGGAGGUGAAACAAGCUUCACAACACAAAUCUGAGGGAGAACCGACAGGAGCACCACACACAGCUGAAUCUGACCAAUCACAAAACCAACAGACAGACAGAAAUCAAUCGAGAGAUGCUUCUGACAGUCCGUCAGACCUGCAGGCUGGAAACAGUCGCUCAUCCGUCCAGCCAGACUCAGUUUCAGACACCUCAGAUCAGCAGCAUGUUGAAAACAGACCAGAGCAUCUGCGACUGGCUCCUCCGAGACAGAUUAAUAUAAGCCAGCCAAUCAGCAGCCUGUGCGGAACAGCAAAGGCGGGGCCAAGCAGACCACUGACUGUGACGGGGGAGAUUGAGACAAUUACAGAUGAAGAAAUCCUAAAGAACCGGGAAUCAGAAGAAGGGAUCUGGAGCAUUCCAAGGUUCCGAAACUACCAGCCGGGGAAACCCUCCAAGGUCCUGUGUGUGAAGAACUUGAGCCCACAGGCGUCAGUGGCCCAGCUGGUGGCGCUGUUCUCCAGAUUUGAGAGGAAGGACGGGCUCCCGGUGCUUUACCGGGUGCUGACUGGGAGGAUGAAGGGUCAGGCUUUCAUCACUUUGCCAGAUGCUGAAACGGCCCAGAAUGCCUUGCAGUUAGUCCACAGAUACCGGUUGCUUGGGAAACCUUUGGUGGUCGAAUUUGGCCGUGAACGACAGGAAGAGGAGAAACAGAAGGAGAAGGAAGGGCAGGAGGAGAAGAAAUAAAAAAACACAAGAAAAAUGUUUUUUAUGUAAAUUAGACUGUUGUGAAUGGCAGACUGAAACUAAUGUCACAGUGUACUUAUUUUUUGUGGAUAUAAUGUUGUAUUCGUUGGCUUAUUAUUAUCAGCAGCACCUGUGUGUCAUUUAUUUUGAUAAUUAACUUAUUUAAAUGAUCCAGAAUCUUAAAACAUCCAGUAACACAAAUCUGUUUCUCGGGUAAAGCUUUUUGUUUUUCCAGUCAGCUCAAGCAUCUGCUUCAUGUCACAUGAAGAGACUUCACAUGAACUUGUUUCAUGUAUAAAAAUGCCCUUCAUAAUUUCACAUCAUUACUGUAUCUACUUUAGAGUUUAUCAAAUGUUGUCUUUCUAGAUUAUUAAAAGCAAUAAUUAUUUUA